AUGUAUAAAUCCAACUCGCUUGUCGCGUUCCUCAAGGAUGAGAUGAAUUUCUCUUGGGAAGACGAUAUCUUUGAGAGUGAUGAAGAAGAAACAGUCGUGAUGGGGAAAAGGUGUGUCAGAUUUUCUGACAACAUUGAAAUCCAAGAAAUCCCGUGUAUCAGCGACAUGGAGACCAGCGAGAUUGCUGACGUCUGGUACACCCGUCUCGAUCACACGGUCAUGAGGGCAGAAUACAAACAGCUGGCCAAGUCGGUCAUGUCUGGCAGAAUUGAGGUAUCCGCCGAGGACAUUUGCUUGCGCGGCUUAGAAGAGAAGUUUUACCGAUCCCAAAAGAAGGUGAAACGAAGUGAAGCUAUUGGUGCCGUUCUUGACGAACAGGAUGCCCAGUUUGGCUACGGAGAACAAAACGCCGAAAUGAUUGCGCGUGUCUACAAUGCAUUUACAGCAUACUGCAUUGAUGAGUCGGUUGAGAUGGCACUUCGCGACGAAACAGCAGCUUUUAAGAUCCAUGGGAUUUCCUCAAUUAGGUGA